ACUUGUCUCUGUCUCGGACCAGGCUUUGAAUUGGUCGUGUAGAGGUGAUCGCCUUUCGACCCCGGCCUAGCUGUGGAGGUCUAGCAGCGUAGAUGAUCCUAGGUAGGACUGAGGCGGCUUCCUCGCCCUUGGCUGUUUGGAAGGCCGCAGACGCGAUUCCCUGGCCUAUCUUGAUGAAUAAAAUAAAGCUGACAUAAUUCAUCUCAACAAAGAUUACAUUCUUAGUAUCUGAAAUGUUUUUUAUGUAGAAUAGUUGUAAAAAUGGAAAGAGAGAAAGUAAAUGAUGAUGGAAAACUAGACCCAGAGAUUUCCUCGGACUUUUCUGAACACUUUAACCAACUUGAAUUGUUGGAAACACAUGGACACCUUAUUCCUACUGGCACUCAAAGCCUGUGGGUAGGCAAUUCUGAUGAAGAUGAGGAGGAGCAAUAUGAAAAACAUGAAGAGUGGUAUCAAUUGCAAGAAAAAAAAAUGGAAAAAGAUCCAAACAAAUUGCUUCUUUGGGCUGCUGAAAAAAAUCGGCUUGCUACAGUGCGGAGAUUACUUUCUGAAAAGGCCACUCAUGUAAACACCAGGGAUGAAGAUGAGUAUACUCCCCUUCAUCGAGCAGCCUACAGUGGACACUUAGAUAUUGUCCAGGAGCUGGUUGCACAGGGGGCAGAUGUUCAUGCAGUCACUGUGGAUGGCUGGACACCUUUGCACAGUGCUUGUAAGUGGAGUAAUACCAGAGUGGCUUCUUUCCUACUUCAGCAUGAUGCAGAUAUCAAUGCUCAAACAAAAGGCCUCCUAACCCCUUUGCAUCUUGCUGCUGGCAACAGAGACAGCAAAGAUACCCUGGAACUCCUCCUGAUGAACCGUUACAUCAAACCAAGUCUGAAGAACAGCUUGGAAGAAACUGCAUUUGAUAUUGCCAGAAGGACAAGUAUCUAUCACUAUCUCUUUGAAAUCGUGGAAGGCUGUACAAAUUCUUCACCUCAGUCUUAAUGGUUCUAAUAAUUUUCUUGCAUUUCUAAGUACCAGUGCCUCCUUUGUGUGAGAUAUAAAAUAUUGCCAUAAUACAAAAUUGACAUCAAAUGUCUUACUACAGAAACUCAGUGGUACUCAUUAUGUUUUUCAAGCGACUUGCCUAACCUUGAUGUCAAAAUGUAUUUGAGAGUUGUUUGGAUGUAUCUUUAAUGAUUUUUGUGGAGUUUGUGAUUUUUAUCAGAAGUAAUUUUAACUUACCUACACUUAAUAACUCGACACGGGUAAUACAGAAACUAAAGAUAUUUUUGGUGCUUAUCCAAGAGAAAUGUAUUUUUAAAUAUCCCAAAUACUGGAUUUUUGUUGAGUAUUUAGUAUAUUGACAUGUAUUUUUGUAAGGUGAGGUAACUCAUUUUAAUUUAAAAGUCUUAAAUACGCUGGUGCAGUUCAACUGUCUUCUCUACAUUAUCAUAGCCAAUUGCUUUCCUUCCAAACCAGAAAAACUAACAUAUUAGUGACUUGAAUCUUUAUAAGUUAAAAAACGUUUAAAAAGGGCCAGGGAUUUAGCUCAGUGGUUUCGCUUCCUGCUGCGCAAGCACAAGGACCCGAGUUCAAUCCCCAGUACCAAAAAAAAAAAAAGUUAAAAAAAACUUAGAUCUUUGUUUUUUAAAAUGUAGACCAUUUUCAGGAAAGUGGUUGUUUAAUCUAUGAAUGUUAUAUACUGCCUCCCUUACCACAAUCACAUGAUCCUGUGAAUAGUCCUACCUCGCACCGGUCAACCUACAUGAUCCUUACUCCUAUAGUGAAUCAGUAUGAUCUUUUAGACAUGUACACAGCUAUACCUUGGUCUAGGAGAUCAUAACAUAACUUGUCUCCAACUAGUUCUUCCUGCCUAAUCCUGCUGGAUUGGGCACUGCUCAGAUAAUCUGUUGCGUUCACAGGAAAUGUUGAUUUUCCAAGGUCUUCAUUUUAUAUAAGCCAUUACAAAGGCAAAGUGACAAGGAAUAAGGAACUCUUAAGACUGAAGGGAUGAUUAUUAUGUGGGGAUUAGAACCACCAAGUGGCUCAGCUUUCUUUAAAAACCCUAGUGUGUAUAGUGACAAAAAGCAUAAAAAUAAAUAUUCAAGAAAAAUAAAGUACAAGUUUUGACAAUAAAAAAGUCUUAACCUGUGUAUAA